AUGAAUAACACCUGUGUUACUACUACUACUACUACUACUACUACUACUACUACUACUACUACUACUACUACUACUACUACUACUACUACUACUACUACUACUACUACUACUACUACUACUACUACUACUACUACUACUACUACUACUACUACUACUACUACUACUACUACUACUACUACUACUACUACUACUACUACUACUACUACUACUACUACUACUACUACUACUACUACUACUACUACUACUACUACUACUACUACUACUACUACUACUACUACUACUACUACUACUACUACUACUACUACUACUACUACUACUACUACUACUACUACUACUACUACUACUACUACUACUACUACUACUACUACUACUACUACUACUACUACUACUACUACUACUACUACUACUACUACUACUACUACUACUACUACUACUACUACUACUACUACUACUACUACUACUACUACUACUACUACUACUACUACUACUACUACUACUACUACUACUACUACUACUACUACUACUACUACUACUACUACUACUACUACUACUACUACUACUACUACUACUACUACUACUACUACUACUACUACUACUACUACUACUACUACUACUACUACUACUACUACUACUACUACUACUACUACUACUACUACUACUACUACUACUACUACUACUACUACUACUACUACUACUACUACUACUACUACUACUACUACUACUACUACUACUACUACUACUACUACUACUACUACUACUACUACUACUACUACUACUACUACUACUACUACUACUACUACUACUACUACUACUACUACUACUACUACUACUACUACUACUACUACUACUACUACUACUACUACUACUACUACUACUACUACUACUACUACUACUACUACUACUACUACUACUACUACUACUACUACUACUACUACUACUACUACUACUACUACUACUACUACUACUACUACUACUACUACUACUACUACUACUACUACUACUACUACUACUACUACUACUACUACUACUACUACUACUACUACUACUACUACUACUACUACUACUACUACUACUACUACUACUACUACUACUACUACUACUACUACUACUACUACUACUACUACUACUACUACUACUACUACUACUACUACUACUACUACUACUACUACUACUACUACUACUACUACUACUACUACUACUACUACUACUACUACUACUACUACUACUACUACUACUACUACUACUACUACUACUACUACUACUACUACUACUACUACUACUACUACUACUACUACUACUACUACUACUACUACUACUACUACUACUACUACUACUACUACUACUACUACUACUACUACUACUACUACUACUACUACUACUACUACUACUACUACUACUACUACUACUACUACUACUACUACUACUACUACUACUACUACUACUACUACUACUACUACUACUACUACUACUACUACUACUACUACUACUACUACUACUACUACUACUACUACUACUACUACUACUACUACUACUACUACUACUACUACUACUACUACUACUACUACUACUACUACUACUACUACUACUACUACUACUACUACUACUACUACUACUACUACUACUACUACUACUACUACUACUACUACUACUACUACUACUACUACUACUACUACUACUACUACUACUACUACUACUACUACUACUACUACUACUACUACUACUACUACUACUACUACUACUACUACUACUACUACUACUACUACUACUACUACUACUACUACUACUACUACUACUACUACUACUACUACUACUACUACUACUACUACUACUACUACUACUACUACUACUACUACUACUACUACUACUACUACUACUACUACUACUACUACUACUACUACUACUACUACUACUACUACUACUACUACUACUACUACUACUACUACUACUACUACUACUACUACUACUACUACUACUACUACUACUACUACUACUACUACUACUACUACUACUACUACUACUACUACUACUACUACUACUACUACUACUACUACUACUACUACUACUACUACUACUACUACUACUACUACUACUACUACUACUACUACUACUACUACUACUACUACUACUACUACUACUACUACUACUACUACUACUACUACUACUACUACUACUACUACUACUACUACUACUACUACUACUACUACUACUACUACUACUACUACUACUACUACUACUACUACUACUACUACUACUACUACUACUACUACUACUACUACUACUACUACUACUACUACUACUACUACUACUACUACUACUACUACUACUACUACUACUACUACUACUACUACUACUACUACUACUACUACUACUACUACUACUACUACUACUACUACUACUACUACUACUACUACUACUACUACUACUACUACUACUACUACUACUACUACUACUACUACUACUACUACUACUACUACUACUACUACUACUACUACUACUACUACUACUACUACUACUACUACUACUACUACUACUACUACUACUACUACUACUACUACUACUACUACUACUACUACUACUACUACUACUACUACUACUACUACUACUACUACUACUACUACUACUACUACUACUACUACUACUACUACUACUACUACUACUACUACUACUACUACUACUACUACUACUACUACUACUACUACUACUACUACUACUACUACUACUACUACUACUACUACUACUACUACUACUACUACUACUACUACUACUACUACUACUACUACUACUACUACUACUACUACUACUACUACUACUACUACUACUACUACUACUACUACUACUACUACUACUACUACUACUACUACUACUACUACUACUACUACUACUACUACUACUACUACUACUACUACUACUACUACUACUACUACUACUACUACUACUACUACUACUACUACUACUACUACUACUACUACUACUACUACUACUACUACUACUACUACUACUACUACUACUACUACUACUACUACUACUACUACUACUACUACUACUACUACUACUACUACUACUACUACUACUACUACUACUACUACUACUACUACUACUACUACUACUACUACUACUACUACUACUACUACUACUACUACUACUACUACUACUACUACUACUACUACUACUACUACUACUACUACUACUACUACUACUACUACUACUACUACUACUACUAAUGAAUUUCAUAUACAAAACAAACAUCCAUUACUAUUCAAUAAUAAUAGUAGUAAUAAUAAUAAUAAUAGUAAUUAUAAAAGUGUAAAACGUUGA